AUGGAAAGUUCAGUGCCAGCUAGCGACUCAGGUUUGUUUUUAGCUCGUGCCUUAUUUUUUGAGUUUUUGGGAUCGAUGGGAGCAGUCUAUGCCUUUAAUUUCACAGCCAAUAAUUAUUUCGCAAGAGCCAUGAAUUAUUUCUCUUUUUGGAUUGUAGCAGUAUCCAUUUCAGGGGCUCAUUUUAAUCCAGCAACAACCUUAGCUGUUUAUCUGUCCGAGGGUAAGUACGGCAAGUAACUAGGCAGACUUUUACUCUAUUGGCUAUUCCAAAUAAUGGGAGCAUUCGCUGGAAUAUUGAUGGUUUACUUAAUAUUCAAUGAACCAGUAUUAGGUUACUUGCUUUGGCCAGCAGAGAACAUUCAGGGAGUGGGUGCCACCCGCUUCUUCUCAGAGUUCAAUAAUGUAUACUAUGGCAAAAUCCUUUACUUAGAGAUGUUCAAUACAUUUAUCUUCCUUUAUGCCUACUUACUCAUAAUCUACAAGCCCACUAUGCGUACAGUUGAUGAAAUCAUGAAGGGCAUUGGAGCAUCCUUUGUACUAUUUAUCUGCUAUUCGAUGGGGGCUGGAGCAGGUUCUGCUUUGAAUCCUGCAUUGGCAAUUGCUCAAACAUGCUACUAAGUCGGAUUCUUGAAUGGCUUCGGUUUAAAUGGUAAUAGAUUUGCAAGUGCUUCCUGGUGUUACAUAGCCUUUCCACUAAUUGGAGCAAUAUUUGCUGCUCUUUUAUUCAGACUUCACAUUUACUUGGAUAAUAGGGCACUCAAGCAAAGAGAGUUACCAGUGGCUGCUUGA